AUGAACGUACCUCGACCUCGUAAUUUGAAGCACUUAAUGAGUUUUAUACAAAUGUGUUCCUGGUACAGGAGGUUCAUUCCCGAUUUUGCUAAGGUUGCAGAGCCCUUGACGCGUCUCACUAAGAUAGACACCAAGUGGACUUGGAACAAAGAACAGACAUUUGCAUUUGAAACUCUGAGAACCCUGUUAACUACUAUUCCUGUACUCGCACAGGCUGACGAGACUAAGCCCUAUAUCAUCAAAACUGAUGCUAGCAACUUUGCUAUUGGAGCGGUCUUAGUGCAGGGGGAGGGUGAGAAUGAACCCCAGUUGAGUACGCUAGUCGAUUGUUGA